AUGUCAGCCGACCUUCCCCCCUCCUAUUCAGCCACGAGCGCACACAGGAUCUCACCCACACUGCAUACGAAUGCAGUCAUCGAGGCCGGCAAUGUUCGUGCUCGAGAUGAGCAGGAGAUGCAAUUUCUGCUACAGAGCGUCCAGCAACUAUCUCACAUCUACAACCCGGAAAUCGAACCGGAACAUGACACAGACUACUAUUGCAGCUGCCAUAUCCACCGGUAUAUUGCCAGAAAAAUGAGCCGCCUUAAUGUCCUGGAGAUGUGGUCAAGGGCUGUUAUGUAUCCUGGCGAAAAGUUCUAUCAUGACUGCUACCAAGCGAGCUGGUUUACCAACAACCCGUACGCAACCAAUGUGGUCUCUCCAUAUGGAUACAAUGGCGCGAGUCUAUAUGGGUCCCAAAGACCCAGCCCGCAUUACCACGCUGUGUCGAUUCGACAGACAAUAAGAUUGAAUGAAUCCCUGAAUGCCAGGGCCCAGGCCGCCGUUCGGGCCCAGGAACCGCCGUUUAACAUUUGGGAGACCAACUCACUUGAAUCCUCGAUGUCGAGCAUGUCUAUCGCUGAUUCGGCUUCUAAUUCAUCUGGCCAACCCUCAAAGCGAUCCAAGCUUUCUGGGCUCAAGCGGGCAUUCUCAAUCAAAUCAUCCGAGCAAAAGGAAGCCAUCAAGGUCAGUAAAUGGAUCGACCUGCGCACCGCCAUACUCUAUGAAGAGCGUGGAAGAUGGCCAGACAAGGCGACAUGGGAAAUCGUGACUAUUUACCAAGAGAAGAUGGGGAUGACUGAGAAAAUAUCCGAACUUCGAACUCGCUACCCUCUUCAAUACCUGCAUUUGCUUCGAGCCGGAUACUUCGAACCUAUCCCUGUGUCCUGGGCAAACUUGGCUUCCAAUCCACUCAAAUUCUCGAUCGACGCCGCUGCGGGGUGGAGAGGAAUUACACCGGCGUGGAGAGGAUACGAAGACACUGCCGAGGAACGCCUCUACUGGGUCUUGAAUCAUAGGGCAGGGAGUACCGGGGCUCGCCUGAAGCCAGAUAUCAUAUCUGCGUUGGAUAGGGCUCGGGCUCGAAUGGCGUCUGCAGUGGAACCGCCUCCUGCAUACUUUGCAGUCGAUGAUGUCUGUCACGUUCAGCAUAAAUCCAAGGGCUAUUCACACCAAGUGAUGCCUCCCGCUUUCAGACCAUUCGAUGGGGUUGAAACUCCUUUGGAUGAUACUAUGAUUUUGUUGGAUGUUUCCGGCUCCAUGGAUUUUGAGCCUGUGCGACCGAACUAUAACCAGUAUCUCGUUACUGGGUACUCGAGAUCGACUCAACCAAAAAACAAAGACGUUGCAAAGGCAAUAAUUCGUCGCUUCACCGACGCAAUGGCCAACCACGACCAAAACUGGCAAGGCUACGAACUCACCACAUUCUCAAGCCACGCAGAUCACAUCGGCGUCAUAAAUCACUGGAACUUCGACGAAAUGUGGCGAUGGGUCGGAUUCGGGGGUCUCACAAGAGUCAUGACCGGAUGGCAGAAAGUAAAGGAACUGCAUUUCCAAAAACAUUCCGAAUCAGCAACAUACCAUCCAGUUUACGGCUGGCAAGCUGGUCCGCAGACCCCGAAACUGCGGUUACUUCUCUUACUCGACGGAGAAGCGCUCGACAUGGAUGAGUUUGAGCUUGAUCUUCUCGGUCUCUCUUGGGUCCACGUUACCAUCUUCCUGAUUGGCGUGGACGGAUGCCCGCACCAUCACCGCCAUGCAAACGAGCUGCAGCGAAUCAGCGAGGUUAACCCCCAUGUUUCGUUCGUUGAUGCUCAAGGUAAUGCUCCGGAGCGAUUCAUUACUCAUGAACUGCUUAAGCGGCAUCUCGGAUAUGAAGUUUCGAUGACGGAGUUUGAAGAGUUGGAGCAUCCGCCUCCAUAUUCGGUUUCUGCGGACAUUCAAUAG